UAAUUAGAUGAUGUCGUAUGAUUAUGAUCUAAUAUGAGAGGAGCUCAUUGAAACAGCAGGAAACAGUCCUGAUAUAGGCUAGCUCUGGGCGAGCGUGCGUGCGUGUCACUCAUAUGUGUGUACAGUGAGGUGAGUAAUGAGCGCGAGAGCGGCUGUUUGUCUGAGCGCCUUCUGCUACCUCUACACUACGGGCUGGAAUAUGCAGACAGCGUCUCCAACAGCGGAGUCAUGAUCUGCCGUCUUCCCCGGGACUCGCCUUCCGCUCGGAGCCGAAGCCGAACAACAUUUUGAAGCAUCUGAUAUUUAACCAGCGGCUUUCCUUCGGGGCAUCGCGUUGGUCGCUUAAACACAGCCGAGGAGGAUCUUGCGCAGUGGCGGCGGACACUUCGGGUGAUGUCGGCUGGCCGACACUCUUGACAUCGGCCUCCGCUCGCUAACGCACAGCGGAAUGGGAUCAGUGCGCAUGCAGUGAGGCGACGUCGGAAUGCACUUGCUUGUUGGACCUUCAUCCCAGUGAGCUGUCUGUUUGCAGUCUCACUGACAGACAGACACAACAUAUUGCUGCAACCCAACCCCCUCAGUUUCCUCUCCAUCACCAGCCAAUCAAAUGCACUCUGAAAAUAAACUAUCCAAUCAUGGCAAGCAAGUGACAAGCGGGGCCCAAUCACAGCUCCCCAAUGUAAACCAAGCGCAGCAGCAAGGACCUGCUGGCAACCAAGGGUCAAAGGGCAGUGGGUCUGGGAACCAUGGAGUCAAAUCCAACCAGAUUUCUCCUGGCAACCCUGGACUGAAGAGCCUCAACCAAACAGGCGGUGGAGUUGGUGGGAUAAUGAAGACCAAGGCAAAGAGGGAAAGGAGUGUCUCCAUGGACACGGGAGACCAAAGAGAGUCACUCACCCCUGUUUUGGAGCCAGAUGCCAAAGUAGAGGGAGUGAUGCGCAGCAAACGGCGGUGUGUGCUGGAGAGAAAGCAGCCGUACAGUGGUGAUGAAUGGUGCUCAGGGGCCGAAACUGAGGAAGAGGAUGAGAAACCCCUUUCUGCCACUCACCACUGUUUACACAAACGUCUGGUUGACGUAGUUGUCGUAAAAACACACAGUGCUGUUGAUCCACUGAUGGAGUGA